AACAUUUAUAAUAAUCACAUUACACGACUGUAACUAUCACAGCGUAAUUUAAGCGUUUGAGACAAACUGAGUAAUGAUGACAUUAUUUAAAAUCUUCGAUUGUUCUGAAAUGUUAAAAUGUUUAGGCGAAGACAUGAGCCAAGUCAGCCAAAACAGCAUGAUGUGGCAAGUUAGCAAGAGCUGGAGCGUGCUUGCAGACACCCUUGGCGAGCUUUCCGAACCAGACAUGGCCGUCAAGAGCAACUGGGAAGCCAGCAGCUGGGAAGUGGAGGAAGUGCUCACCACCACCGACAAGGGUGACGUGGGCGAAGUGGAAGUUGUGGCCAGCCUUGCAGUGAGAGAAAGCCAAGACUUCCUUGACGGCCUUGCCAGCUGGAGCAGUCCAGGCAAAGUGAGCACCGCACUUGAAGCCCUCGACAUCCUGACCACUGGCGACAAAGUGAGCAACAUGGGCACCAUGAUGGAGACCCUUGACGACGGCACUGUUGCCGGCAAAGUCAACGAAAGCAGCAGAGACAGCGAAGACGCUGACAGCAGAGAUCAAAGCAACAAUAGCGUUCAUUGUGUAUUUAUGUUUUUUUAGAUUUUAUAAUUAUACAAGGUGACCA